AUCUUUUGGUUUUUGAAGGAAGAGGAUCACAACUCACAACAGAGUAUUCUUCUCUCAAGAAAAACUCACAACAGAGUAGAAAAAGAAACUAUAAAAGUACAAACCCGUUAGUUCCAAAUUAGGGUUCUUCUGUCAAGGUUCAUUCAUCAAUAAGCAUGACGAUGAGAGAAUUUAUCAACUUAGAAGAAGGAUUGGAGACUAUUCAGAAAGGUAUCACCAAACUCCUCAACAUUCUUGAAGGUUUACCCGAACCUAAUUUCACUCCUGAGGAACACAUUAACCUAUAUACGACUGUGUACAAUAUGUCCACCCAAAGGCCUCCUCAUGACUAUGGCCUAGCAUUAUACGACAAGUCCAAGGAAACAUGUGAGUACAUUGUAUCAAAAGUUCUGCCAUCUUUGGGAGAAAAGAAGGAUGACCUUUUGUUGAGAGAACUGCUUAGAAGAUAGUCAGAUUACAUAGUUAUGACCAGGCGCCUCUCAAAAGUUUUUUGGUAUCUUGAACGACGCGACAUUCCAAGAUAUAAACUUCCUUCUCUUGAAGAAACCGGCUUCAUAUCCUUUUACCACCUGUUUUUGUCUUCAUUUGUUGGUAUCCAGAUUGAUCCGAAACGGGCAGAAAAAAAGAUUGAUCAAACACUUGCAAUUAAAGCAUUGGAUUUAUACUUGGAGUUAAACGAUUGUUCAAAAAUACACAAGGCAAAGGAAGAGAAAAUGGAUCGCAGUCCAGAUGUUUUAUCAAAGAAAGUCAACUUGGUAAGCUCGGACGGGGUUGUGUUUGAAGUUGAUUUGGGUUUGGCACUUAUGUCAAAAAGAUUUGAGGACAUUAUCGAUAUUGAGACCAUUCCGAUUGGUGAUGUUGAUACCAUUUCUGUUGAUGAAGUGAAUAGCAAAAUGUUGAGCAUGGUCGUUGAAUACUGCAAGAAGCACGACAAAAGACAGAAGUAUGUUGAUAUCAAGAUCUGGGAUGCUCAAUUUGUUGAUGUUGACCCUAAAACUCUGGAUGAUCUUGAAACACAUGCAAGGGAUUAAAACCAAAACGAGGCAUAUUUGCAGGGACUAAAACCAUAUUUUAACCUAUAAAAAAUUUGACUUGAUAAAAGACAAGACACCAGAGGAACUCGUCCAGUUCUAUGCCGCUCAAGAAGACUCAAACUUCAAGUCAUUAGAAGAGAACCACGAGUAGAGUCUUUAGAUUUUACAACAUGCAAACUUCUUUUUACUUUUACUCUAUGAUCCUGUUUAGAGUUUAGAUGAACAUGAUUGCCGUACAAAAGUUCAACCGAUGCUGCACAAUGCAUAAUAUAGUUAACAUUUAUUUAUUUUUA